GCUUAUCUUCAGAACAGAUACAGUCGGCUUUAGAGCUGAGAGAUGGUAACUCAAUCAUUGAAGCUGCAGGAUGGUUGGUGUACCGGAAAGAAGCCGAAAUAUUGGAUACUCCUAAAAAGGACACUCUGGAUUACUUGGAGUUCAAAGCCGAAAUAGCAAAUUCUUUGCUCUAUUUCACUCCAGCAAGAGAGCAAAUACACCUGUACGAGGAAGUUGAUGAUGUGCCAGCAGAAGCUAGUCAAACUAGCCGCAAGAGGAAAUAUGUCCCUCAACCCCCAUUGCAGCUGAGAACAGCCAUGUCAGGUCAUUUACCAAUGAUUGAUAACGAGUCAGGUGAUCACAGAUGCCGCUUUCCAGGUUUCAAGAGCAAUAAACCAAGGGUAUACUGCUCAACUUGCGGCAUGCACCUAAGUUUAGUCGCAGGGCGGAAUUGUUACAAAGAAUAUCACGAACAAAAUUAA